CUGAUUUUCACCACCGUACAACCCGUCACAAACUAAAGUUUCAUCCCAAUCAUCUGGACGAGUGGCGGUCUUCCACCGUGCGUUUUUCAAGGCACUUUCUUCCACGCACAACCAUUCUUUGGAAUCAACUUCCAGCAGCAGUAUUUCCGAACCGAUACGACAACAUAACCUUCAAGAAAAGAGUAUAUUCCUUUUAAAAGGCCGGCAGCACACCUGCAAUACCGCUGGUGUUGUGGGUGAUCAUGGGCGGCGGUAGUCACUUACCAUCAAGUGAGCCGCAUGCUCGUUUGCCCCCUGUGUUGUAAAAAAAAAAAAAACUCUUGUAUAAUUAAUUAUCUUUUUAAAUAGUGUUUAUAUUAAGAAUAACGUAUACAGGAGUGUUUUUACUAGAACCUCUUUGUCCAAGAUUAAUCUGAUCCAAUGAACGUGAAAGUAGUGAAUGCAAAGAUUCUCUGUCGUCUUAAACCGGUUAAAAUCUCUGCAAGCCAAUUGAAGUGACUGUUAUAUCUACACGACCGGCGCACGCGUAACUUCACCAUAAAGUCAAUCUGUAACAGUAUGAAAAAGUACAUAAACAACUCCCUUUUUUUAUUUGUGAUUUUGUUUUUAUUAGUACGAGCGGAACAAGAGAUUGUAAAUAAAGAGGACGGUUUAAAUAAAAUAUUGGAUAAAUUGCAUAAUACAGAAGUACCAGAUAGCGCAUUAUUAAUAUUAGAUCGUUUGAAUUUGAAAAAAAUAUCUACGAUAUCACAUUAUGCAAGACACAACAAAAUUUCAAAACAGGAAGAACAAAAUUCAACAUCUACAUCGGAGAAUAGACAAUGUACCUGUUCUCAAGGAGUGUGCAAAUGUUGUACUGGAUAUUUUAUGGACCUAAUCAAUCAGAAAGCAUGUUUGAAAGUAAUAUAUACUCCAGGAGAUUUCGCUUUUGAUGUCGUUAUGAGUUUAAAUGAUAGGGUUCUUUAUGAAAAUUCUAUGUCAGGAAAAAACCCUAAGCCAAUGUGCAUAAGUCCACCCAGGCUGUCGAACUUAAAAGUGUGCGCUAAAAUGUAUGAUGUAUAUUUCCCCGGAAGAAACUUUCACUUUUGUUUGGCUAUGACGGGACAGUGGCGAUCAGUCGAGCUGUUCAAUAUGGCCUUUGAUUGUUUAAGAAUGGGUGCAAAUGGAAUAGCAAUGAUGAAGCCAGGAGAAGGGGGUGAUCUCGUCUAUGUGAGUCCCGAUGGCGGUUAUAACGCUGUGGUCGAUAAUGAAACGGAUGAUAUAGAAGAAUACGAUGAGAAUGUGGUCCGAUCCUUUUUGGAUUUAUUUGAGUAAAAAAAAGAAAACUAUAUUGUAAUAAUAUCCAAAGCAACAAUUUGUAUUAUUGUAAUGUAGCUGUUAUAUUUAUUACUUAAAUUAGCUAUUAAAAUCACUAUACAAUA